UCUGGCUGAAUCCUCACAGUGCCGUGAUUUUCUCCAUUUAACUGCACCCUGUGCCGGAUCAGUCAAGAUGCACCACUUCACCUGGACAGUCUUGGUGCUGUCAGUCACUCUGUCUGUGAGCUCUGGAGGUAAAGUGCUGGUGUUCCCAGUGGAUGGCAGCCACUGGGUGAACAUGAAGGUCAUCGUUGAGGAGCUCCACUCCCGAGGCCACAGCAUCACUGUAGUACGAGCCUCAGACAGCUGGUACAUUAAAGAGGAGUCUCCCCAUUACAAGGCCAUCACCAUCCCCACCCCUGGAGGCUUUGAUGAGAAGUUCUUUGGCUCCUUUGUGAUGAAAAUGCUGAACAUACGGAAAGAAGGAAAGUUCUUCUGGACUCGCUUGAUGCUUGAGAUGGAAGUAGCUGAGAAGUUCACAGAGUUGCACCGGCAAAUGUGUGAGAUGUUGACGAUGAUGUUUCAAGACGAAGCUCUAAUGAAAUCCCUCACUGAUUCCAAGUUUGAUGUCAUGCUGACUGAUCCAGGCGUAGGAGGUGGAGUGUUUCUGGCUCGACGUCUAGAUCUUCCACUGGUGUUCAAUGUGCGGUGGACGGUGCAUGGAGAGGGACACUUUGCCAUCGCUCCCACCCCUCUCUCCUAUGUCCCUGUCCCUGGAGCUGAGCUGUCAGACAAGAUGACUUUCUCUCAGAGGCUUAAGAACAUGCUGACAUAUACCUUUACUUUAUAUCAAAUUUCAACAAUUGUUGGUCCUCACUACAACGCUUUUUGCAAACGGUUCUUUGGGCCUGAUGUCGACUACUUCUCCUUAUUCCAAGAUGCUGAUAUCUGGCUCAUGAGGAAUGACUUCACCUUUGAGUUUCCACGCCCAACCAUGCCCAAUGUGGUCUACAUGAGUGGGUUCCAAUGCAAGCCAUCUAGACCACUUCCUGUUGACCUGGAAGAGUUUGUCAAUAGCUCUGGGGAGCAUGGCGUCAUUGUUAUGUCCCUGGGUACUCUUUUAGCUGAGCUCCCCAGUGAUACAGCGGAGGAGAUUGCGGCAGCUUUUGCUCAGCUUCCCCAAAAGGUCAUCUGGAGAUACACAGGGCCCAAACCCUCGACUCUUGGCAACAACACCUUACUAGUGGACUGGCUGCCCCAAAAUGACCUCCUUGGACACCCAAAGACAAAAGUGUUUGUAGCCCAUGGGGGCACCAAUGGUGUCCAAGAAGCAAUUUACCAUGGUGUCCCGAUACUUGGCCUGCCCCUAGUGUUUGAUCAGCCAGAUAACCUGUCCAGAAUGGUGGCAAAAGGAACGGCUAAGGUACUGGACAUUGCCACUCUGGACAGAGCAGAGCUUGUGGAGGCACUAAAGGAGGUGCUCUAUGAGCCGUCCUACAGGGAGAACAUGCAGAGGCUCUCCAGGAUCCACCAUGACCAGCCCAUGAAGCCUCUGGACCGUGCUAUUUUCUGGAUCGAGUUCGUCAUGAGGAACGGAGGUGCCGGUCACCUGCGCACCCAGUCCUUCAGGAUGUCCUGGAUCGCUUAUCACUCUAUAGACGUCAUUCUGACUCUGCUCACGGCUCUGCUGCUCUUACUGUUGAUUACGGUCCUGGCCAUCAAAAAAUGCUGUUCACUUUUAUUCAGAAAGAAAGUCAAAAGUGAAUAACACUUUUUAUUCAACAAUGUCACAGUUACAGAGCCCUUGGUGAUUUCUUUCCAAACACUUUUGUCAUAUUUUUGUAUUAGCUUGUAAUAUAUUAGCUUGUUGUGGAAGACACAACAUUACUGUGAGCAGUUGUACAUUUUGGCAAGCUAAUGGAAGACUAUUGCCUGUACAAAUAUUGGUUAAUUAAAGUCAUCACCAUGACACAAUAUCACUUAUGCAGUAAAUUUCUUAUCUUAUCUCCAAAUAUUGAUUGUGUGGUCCAGUUAUUUGUAAAGCACUGGACCCUUGACAGUAGUACUGAAAACUAUCUAUUUGAUACAGCAGGGACUAAAUAAAUUGACUUGAACACCUAAUUGUGUCAUUACAGCAUCUGUAUUUUUGAAGACUUGUGACUUUUACUCCACCACAUUUGAAAUAUAUCUACGGUACUUUCUAAUUUACAUACCAGAUUGAUACUCGUUACUGAGUUAUCUUGUUCUGUAUUCGACAGCAGUCAUUUCACUCACUAUAUUCACUGUACAUCUAAACGUGGGUUUUUACCUGAACAUGGGCAAAC